AUGUCUCUCCCAGACGAGACACUGGCUGCUGCUACCGCUCUUCUGCGCGGAUUAGCCAAAGGCACGACAGCGAACCCCUCCUAUACCAACGGCAUCAAACCGCCGCCCUUCGCCCUCCCAGGACAUGAUUCUCCCGCAAAGGAGGACUUCGAGGCUGAACUAGCCGCCCUUGCUAGACGCAUCCACUAUCUCGAGUCUAGAGCUGACAUUGUCGGCCGCUCGCUCCCCGAUACUCCAGGUGAAUUUCAAAGUCCUGCUUCACCUUUGUCACGCCCAAACGAUGCUCGCAGUCCCUUUGGAGAACCAUACACUGAUUCCCCACUAGCUGCUUCUGAUAGACAGCACUCACACUCCACCCAAUCAAGACGAGUCAACAAUCUACUGGCUGCCCGAGAAUCUGUACUUUCCUCCGAGCCAGUCCGUACCGUCAGCGAGGAAGAUAUUGGCGUUCUUCGAGAACAUGUCGAAAAGCAAGCAGAUCAAAUCAGAUCACAAAGAGAAACAAUUGCAGAAAUCAGUCGCGGCCUGAGAAAUUCCGAAGAGCAGGCCAAGCAAGCAUUCAUGCGUGUGGAAAAUGAGGAUGUCUCCAUUCUAGAACGCGAGCUUCGGAAGCACCAGCAAGCAAAUGAGGCCUUCCAAAAGGCUCUACGAGAAAUUGGUGGCAUCAUUACCCAAGUCGCCAAUGGCGAUUUAUCCAAACGCGUCCAGAUCCAGGCCACCGAGAUGGACGAUGAAAUUGCCACUUUCAAAAUGACCAUAAACACCAUGAUGGACCAGCUCGAAAUCUUCGGCAGCGAAGUCUCCCGGGUGGCUCGCGAAGUCGGCACCGAGGGCAUCUUGGGUGGUCAGGCCCAAAUCAGUGGUGUGCACGGGAUUUGGAAAGAAUUGACCGAGAAUGUCAAUAUCAUGGCUGCGAACUUGACCGAUCAAGUCAGAGAGAUCGCCAUCGUCACCAAAGCUGUCGCCUGCGGUGAUUUGAGCCAGAAAGUCCAAAGUCGCGCCGGCGGUGAGAUAUUCGAGCUUCAGCAUACGAUCAACACCAUGGUGGACCAAUUGCGGACUUUCGCCACAGAAGUGACUCGUGUCGCCACCGAUGUAGGCACCGAAGGUGUCCUGGGCGGCCAAGCUCAAAUCGAUGGUGUUCAAGGGACUUGGAACGACUUGACCAAGAGUGUUAACGCCAUGGCCGACAAUUUGACCACGCAGGUCCGAGACAUUGCUACUGUUACAACCGCUGUCGCCAGGGGCGAUUUGACGCGAAAAGUCACCGCGAGUUGUAAAGGCGAAAUCUUGCAAUUGAAAAUCACCAUCAACAACAUGGUAGGCCAGCUGCAGCAAUUCGCCCAGGAAGUCACCUAUCUUGCCAAGGAAGUUGGAACCAAUGGUGUCCUCGGGGGUCAAGCCACGGUUCAUGAUGUGGAGGGCGUCUGGAAAGACCUGACGGAGAACGUGAACGGCAUGGCCAUGAACUUGACCACCCAAGUGCGAGAAAUCGCAGCGGUGACGACCGCCGUGGCCAAUGGCGAUUUGUCCAAGAAGGUCACGGCAGAUGUCCAAGGAGAAAUCCUCGAUCUCAAAGUGACGAUCAAUUCCAUGGUCGACAGAUUGAACACAUUUGCAUUUGAAGUCAGCAAAGUCGCGCGAGAAGUCGGCACAGACGGUACGCUUGGCGGACAGGCCAAAGUCGACAACGUGCAGGGUAAAUGGCGAGAUCUAACCGACAAUGUCAACACCAUGGCCUCGAAUUUGACCGACCAAGUUCGAAGCAUUUCCGACGUCACCCAAGCGAUUGCGGCGGGCAAUUUGGAUAAGAAGAUUGAAGUUCAAGCACAAGGAGAAAUCCUCACACUCAAAGUCACCAUCAACAACAUGGUCGAUCGACUCGCCACAUUCGCGCAUGAACUGAGGAGAGUGGCCCGAGACGUGGGCGUCAAUGGGAAAAUGGGCGGGCAGGCCAACGUUCACGACGUGAGCGGCCGAUGGAAAGAAAUCACCGAGGAUGUCAACACCAUGGCCGAGAAUUUGACGGCUCAAGUGCGCGCCUUUGGCGAAAUUACCGACGCAGCCACCGAGGGUGAUUUCUCCAAGUUGAUCAGCGUCAAUGCGAUGGGUGAAAUGGAUGAAUUGAAACGAAAACUCAAUCAGAUGAUUUCCAACCUCCGGGACAGUAUACAAAGGAAUACUGCGGCCCGAGAAGCCGCCGAGCUGGCCAAUCAGACCAAGUCCGAGUUUCUGGCCAACAUGUCGCAUGAAAUCAGGACGCCGAUGAACGGAAUCAUUGGUAUGACCCAACUAACACUGGAUACGGACGAGCUCAAACCCCACUCUCGAGAAAUGCUCAACACUGUUCACAAUCUCGCUAACAGCCUGUUGACCAUCAUUGACGACAUUCUCGACAUUUCAAAGAUUGAAGCGAAUCGUAUGGCGAUUGAAGCAAUCCCCUACACCAUUAGAGGAACUGUGUUUAAUGCGCUGAAGUCUCUGGCGGUCAAGGCAAAUGAAAAGACUUUGGAUCUCGCAUUCGACGUGGACAACUCGGUCCCUGACUAUGUGGUUGGGGAUCCCUUCCGAUUGAGGCAGAUCAUCUUGAAUCUGGUGGGGAAUGCAAUCAAGUUCACGAAUCAAGGUGUGGUUAAAGUCACGAUCAAGAAGUCCAAAGACCUACUGUCGACGUGCGGGCCAGACGAGUUCCCAUUCGAGUUUGUGGUGUCCGAUACAGGCAUUGGCAUCCAGUCUGACAAGCUCGAUCUGAUCUUUGAUACGUUCCAGCAAGCGGACGGGUCGACGACGAGGAAGUUUGGCGGCACUGGCCUUGGGCUGUCUAUCUCCAAGCGUCUGGUCAAUCUGAUGGGUGGGCAAGUGUGGGUUACAUCCAACUUCGGGCGUGGAAGUGAAUUCCACUUCUCUUGCAUUGUGAAGUACGCGACCGAGGACAUUAGCGUCAUCAGUUCCCAGUUAUACCCUUUCAGGGCACACAAAGUGCUAGUUGUUGAUCGGGGAUCUUCAAGCUUCUUCAACCAUGUGCCCAAGCUGAUGGAAGGUCUGGGGCUGCAGUGUCUGGUGGUCAAAGAUGUGGCGGAUGUCCCCGAUCCGGUCACCGACAAGAGAGCCAAAUCGAUCGAUGGCGGAUACGACGUCAUCGUGAUCGACGAGCUUCAGACCGCACAAACGCUGCGAAAGUUUGAGAAGUUCAAGUACAUGCCGAUGGUACUGUUAAACCCUACGGUAUCUAUCAGCCUCAAAACUGUGCUUGAUUUGGGUAUCGCAUCAUACAUGACCACACCCUGUCAGCUGAUUGACCUCGGAAACUGUAUGAUUCCGGCCCUGGAAGGUCGGUCGACACCUAUCAUCAAAGAUUACAAGAAGUCGUUCAACAUUCUGUUGGCGGAGGACAACGAAGUCAACCAGAAGGUGGCGAUCAAGAUCUUAGAGAAGUACAACCAUGUCGUGACGGUCGUUGAAAACGGACUGGAGGCGUUCAACGCGAUCAAGGAUAGUCGAUUCGACGUGGUGCUGAUGGAUGUCCAAAUGCCUGUGAUGGGAGGGUUUGAAGCUACACGGGAGAUCCGACACUACGAAAGGGAGUCGGGACUGAGUCGAACGCCGAUCAUCGCGCUCACGGCUCAUGCGAUGCUGGGCGAUCGAGAGAAGUGCAUCCAGGCACAGAUGGACGAGUAUCUGUCGAAACCACUCAAGCAGAACUUAUUGAUGCAGACCAUCCUGCGGGUAGCAUCGGAUGGGGUGACGGCGAUGUUCAACAAACAAGCACAGGCGCGAGAAAAGUCCAGUGGAGGAGAGUCGAGCUCGGAACACACGGGCACGGAGGAAGGCGGCAACCCGGCGUCUCCAUCAAGACCACAAUUUGCGGAACGCUCUAUCACGACAUCUGGACCGGUGGUGCAUGGAAGUGCAGAGAGCCCGUCGGUCAACCAUGACGGACAACACGAUCCGAUGUCUACCAUUAGUAGUGUACGUUCCAAUUCGUGGUCUGGUUGA